UCCGGCCCUGCCCAAGCCCGCGGGGGCGGUCGGAAACUGGGCGGGGACCGGGGCCGGCGGCUGCGGCGGGAGGUGCUGCCGCGGGGGGUCACCGGGCGGCGACCGAGAGCUACCGGGCUGCGGCGUCACUGCGGGGCCCGGGCUGCACCGGCACCUCAGCACCGCCACCGCAGCACCGGCACCGAGAUUCUGCCAGCAUCGCCGCACCUGCACCGCGUUUGCACGGGCACCGGCCCCACAGUACCGGCCCCGGGAGCGGUCCCGGGCUCCCCGCGGCCCGGCAGCCCCGUCCCUCUCCCCGCCGCACCGAGCCCUUUGCCGCACCGCAGUCACCGCCCCCAGCCCGGUCCUCCGCGUCCCUCGGCAGCGCUGAGCGGGAGCAGCGGCCCCGGCCCCGUGAUGGGGCCCGGCGGCACCGGCGGCGGCUGGCCCCUGGCCGGGACCCUGCUGGUGGCCGUGGCAGCUUCGCUGGUGGCGGGGGGCGAGGACUGCCUGUGGUACGUGGACGGGAACGGCUCCUGGCACCCAGGCUUCGACUGCGACUUCCUCACCUUCUGCUGCGGCACCUGCCGCCACCGCUACUGCUGCCGGGACCCCCUGCGCCUGCUCACCGAGCGCCAGCAGCGCCACUGCCUCGCCUUCAGCCCCAAGAGCAUCGCGGGCAUCGCCUCGGCCGUGGUGCUCUUCAUCGCCAUCGUCACCACCAUCGUCUGCUGCUUCAUGUGCUCCUGCUGCUACCUGUACCAGCGGCGCCACCCCCCGACCCCCCUGGCAGCCCCGGAGAUCCCUCUGUCCAGCUUCCCCCCAGGACCCCCCCCGGCCCCUUUCCCUAUGGACCCCAAAGCCGGCCCCAUGCCCCCCCAGCCUGGCUUCACCCCCAUGGCCAUGUACCCACCACCCGGCCCUGCUGCCCAGUACCCGAUGUACCCCUCCGGGCCCCCUGUCUACAACCCCACAGCACCUCCACCCUACGUCCCAGCACAGCCCAGCUACCCCGGAGCCUGAGCACCCGUGGGGACCUUGGCACCCUCCUCCUGCCGCCAGCCAGUGGGGUGGCACUGGGUACCUGUGUGUGUUUCCCACCCGGGGGCCGGGCGGGUGCCACAGCCGUGGCUGGCUCAGGCCCUUCCCGGCCAUGCCAGGGAUGACCCCGAGCUGGCAGCACAGGGCGGCUCUUGUCCCUCACACUGGGCCCAUUGUGGCUGCCUCUGCCCUUGCUCUGGGUGCCAGCAGUGCUGCUGCGCCCAGGGGUGGGGGUGCCCGGGGGCGGUCCCCCCAGGGCCGUGCACUGCUGCACCCUUGCACGCCUGCAUCCGGAUUUGGCCCCGGCUUGGCCCCCCCGGGGUUGGCAUUAAACUGUGUCUUGUGCCACACA